AUGAACGACAUUAGAUCAAAUGAGAGACAAACUGUUUUAUUGUCAUCUUUAAAUCGGAUAUUGAAAGUAUUCUGUCAAGAAUUUAUUUCAUAUCGAAUAAGUCGUCAACCAACCGUUAAGAACUUCCCCAAGCAGUCACAGGCUGUGUGCAUAUUUGCAACUUAUUUGCUGAUCAUGACUAGCUGGAAGAUAAAUCAUAAAUCUCAUUACGAGAAUCAGAGAACAAAAAAAUGGCAUAAAAUCAGCAUGACGCCUUUUGAGAAGCGUUUUCAUGUCGUUAUAAAAGUUGAUGCUCAGCUUAUCCCCUCUAGUCAUUUGAAAGAAUCUCGAUUGUGUGAAACAGUAGGAGUGACUAAGUGA